AUGCAGCCAGAUGGAGGGGAUAAUGGUUGCCCUCCUCUCUCUCCCCCUCCCUCAGCCUCAGUGCAGAUCGAGGUGGAACCUGUUGGUCGGUGGUUCGAGGCCUUUCUGAAGAGGAGGAACAGGAAUGUAUCGGCCUCUUUCCAGGAGCUUGAGGAAGAGGAGGAGCUGUCUGAGGAAUCCGAGGAUGAAGAGCUGCAGCUGGAGGAUUUCCCCCUGCUGAGAACACUGGACCCCAAAGACUGGAAGGUAGUCAGGGGUGUAUUCAUUCCACUGACUGUUGAAAAACAUUUCUUAAAUGGAAGCAAAUGAAACGGGGAUAAACAUACCUGAGUCUGUCCAAUAGAAACUCUUGUUUGCAACUGUUGGACUAAUGAUUACACCCUAGAUUAGCUAAAUGCAGGCAAUAAAUGUGCAAGGCGCUAUUGAAUGUGUCACGCUGGAUUACUCAAAUUUUUCUCUCGACCUGUUGUAGCAACCUCAUGAUGGGUAUGGGGAAAAUUGUUGUAUUUUGCUGGGUGAAUGGAAUGUGAAUGACACUCAAAAAAUAUGCUGUAAUAGAAAUAAGGCCAUGCUCAUAAAAAAAUUGAGUUAGAUGUUAUAUCAGUGGGACCUCACUUCAGAAUCGUUAGGAACAUUGUAUUGCAUUCUACUUUUGGAGUACGUAGUAAAGGAUGUCUUCCCCCUUGGCGUUUCUCUUUUCAGAAUCAAGAUCACUAUGCUGUCCUUGGACUGGCUCAUAUGAGGUACAAGGCGACACAGAAACAAAUCAAAGCUGCCCGUGAGUAUUUCCAUUUGUGCUGUGGUCGUCUUCUGAACCACAUUGUAUUGGUUGACCAUAAAGUUUCUCUGGCAUUACUUCCAGAGUUCAUUAGAAUAGCAGCUUUUUUACCACAGUAUAUUAAGUCUAAUGAUUUUCAACAGACAAGGCUAUGGUGUUGAAGCAUCACCCUGACAAAAGGAAAGCUGCGGGAGAGCAGAUUGUAGAAGGAGACGGUGACUACUUCACCUGUAUAACUAAAGGUAAGGACAUUGAAAAACGUUGUCUGCCUCAAGUUGGUUCAGUUGAUAGGCAUGGCGCCAGCAAUGCCAAGGUCAUAGUGGGUUCAAUUCUCACAGGGAUCACAUGCACAUACUAAAAAAAUAAGUCCCUAUGGAUAAAUGUCUGUUAUAUAGGUGUUAUACCUCACAAUACUCCCUCUAUAUACAAAAACAAUGAUAUAGUAUGAAAUAUAGUAUUGUUUUACCAGAGGGUUGCUGGCAUCAAUAUCGUAGGUGCCACCUACUGCUGAUGUUCCCUUGAGCAAGAAACUUAACCCACUAAACAGUUAGUUGGGCACUGCGGCUGCCCUCUGCUCCAGCCUCUCCAACCGAGAUCAUAUGAGGCUAAACGUUCUGUUUCAGCUCCUACUAACAAUAAUAUUUGUGUGUUUUUGUCUCAUACCAGCUAUAGAAAUUCUGUCAGAUCCUGUGAAGCGAAGAGCAUUUGACAGUGUAGAUCCUACCUUUGACAACGCUGUGCCCUCAAAGGGCGAAGGCAAAGAUAACUUCUUUGAGGCGUAUGCUCCCGUUUUUGAGAGAAAUGCCCGGUGGUCUUCCAAAAAACACGUACCCAAACUUGGAACUAUGGAUUCCUCUUUUGAGGAGGUGGAUAAUUUUUAUUCUGUUUGGUAAGUAAGACCGUCACUGGCCAUCAUCAGCAGAGAUACUUAAAACCCUACCUCUUUAAGGAAUACCUGGAAUAGUAUAAAGUAAUCCUUCUUCCCCCACCCCCCAUAAAAAUAAAUAAAAGUGGUUGUCCCACUGGCUAUCAUAAGUUUAAUGCACCAAUUUGUAAGUCGCUCUGGAUAAUGUAAUUGUGCGGAAAAUCCCUUUAAGUUUAAACUUUUAACUACAAGGGAACUACUGUCCGUAUCAUCCAUCCUUUCAAGCAAAGACUUCUGAAUUUGGAACUGAUUUUAGACAUGCAGUGUAUAGCAACUUCUCACAAUGAUUUGAUAUUUCUUGUUCAUUUGAAAUGUGAACUUCUUACGUUUCCCGUUCAUAAUCUCAAUCAAGGUACAACUUUGACUCAUGGAGAGAGUUUUCUUAUUUGGAUGAAGAGGAAAAGGACAAGGCAGAAUGGUGAGUGAUAUCAGAACAUGGGAAGGAGCACCGGCAACUCAUGUGGAAUGCCAUUGUCUUACAUUUAUGUUUUAUAUACUGUAGCUGUUUUAUUGUCACAUAGGAGCAGUGAAAUGUGUUGUUCUACAUGGUCCGACGUAGUAGUACGGUGCCUCCUGGAGCAAAUUAGGGUUAAGUGCCUUGCUCAAGUGCACACGGCCAGAUUUUUCACCUAGUUGGCUCAGGGAUUCGAACCAGGGACCUUUCGGUUACUCGCACAACGCUCUUAACCGCUAGGCUGCCUGUGUCUUCCAUUCUCAGUAGUGUUUGAUUGGUAUGCUUUCAUCUGUUGAAUUCAGUCGUGAUGAGAGGAGAUGGAUUGAAAAGCAGAAUCGUGCAGCCAGAGCCACCAGGAAGAAGGAAGAGAUGAAUAGACUACGGACACUUGUUGGUAAGGCCCACUAGACAUGCAUACUGUUCUUACAUGAACAAUAGAAAAUGACUAACCUCAAACUGAAAUACCUGGCAGAUGGGUUCAUGGAAUGACACUGUUUGGGUGCGUUUCUGUUGAAAGACACAGCCUACAGCCUUGAUCCCAGGAUAAAGAGAUUCAAAGAGGACGAGAAGGCCAGGAAGGAGAAUGAAAAGAAGGCUAAAGUGGACGCCAAGAGGAAAGAGCAGGAGGAGAAGGAGAAGGUCAGUCAGACGCAUUACAACGGCCAUUUUGUUUUAUUCUUGCCUCUGACCUUUGGGUUUUAGUUGCGUCCAGAUUGUUUCUGCGUAGACUUCAAUGCGUUUCUGACUGUGUUGGUCCAGGCUCGGCAGGCAGAGCUGGAGGCAGCACGGCUGGCCAAAGAGAAGGAGGAAGAGGAGGCCAAACUGGUCGCCCAGCAGGCCAAGAAGGAGAAGGAGAUCCAAAAGAAGGCCAUCAAGAAAGAGAGGCAGAAACUCCGGACAACUUGCAAGGUGCUGCUUGCAUGGGGUGUCCUCUCUUCAGGGAAUUCAUUAACAUUCGCUGAUUUGUGGGAAAGAUUGUAAUGCUGGUUUAAGUUACCCAACUCAUCUUAGUAUUUUCCUGUCCUCAUGUCUGUGUUUUGUUUUCCCCUGAAGAACUGGAAUUACUUUGGUGACAAUGAAUCUGACAGUGUGAAAAUGAUGGAAGAUGUGGAGAAACUUUGUGACCGUUUGGAGCUUGUAAGGUAAAGGAUUGAAAUUGCCUUAGUGGUAAUACUUCAUACAAGUCUGGAGUUUGACUCAAUACGGCUGAAAUCUUCUUUUUUUUUUUGUUCAGUCUGCAAUCCCUGAAUGAGGCAUUGGCAUCGGGUUCAAAGGAGGAGGCCAAGGUAGCGGUGGAGAAGCAGGUAUAGACAGCACCACUGCACCGCAUGAUGACUGGGUGUAAAUAUGGUACAUGGCUAACCUCUGUACCACUGACAUUGUUUUGUGUGUAUGUGUAUGCACAGGUGCAGGAGGUGAAUGCCCAGCUGCAGAAGGAGAAGGAUGCGGAGGUGCAGGCCAGGCAAGCUGUCCGCACUGCUGUACAGGCCAGCGGAGGAGGCGGGGGCGGAGGAAAGGGCUGGAACGAGGAAGAGCUCCCGCUGCUCAUCAAAGCAGUCAACCUGUUUCCUGCUGGAACCAACGCCAGGUACCCUCCCAGGGCUGCGUUCAACAGGGCACAACGUUGAAAUAGAAAUAUGUAGAACAAACAUGCCAAAAAAUGUGUGUAUGUAACGAGCAUGCCUCUCACAUGUAGAAUAAGGAAUUCGCUCUAGUCAUGACAUUUUCUGUAUUUACAUGUUUUAUUGAUACUGCUCAUGAGGAAACGACAGUAGUAGAGACAUACAUUUAAACAAUGGUACAAUUUGAGGCUAUAAAUGGUAAAAGUUCCAUUUUCAUGAGAUUUCUAUCUGCAACGUUGGCCUAAUGAAUUUGGCUGUGUUCUGUUCAGGAAGCGGAAAAUUCCACUGCUGGUGUAGAAGGCCUUGCAGCUUUCAUGCUUUUACUUUAAGUGAUUCAUCUUUUGUCUUUCUAUCCUGUAGAUGGGAAGUCAUUGCCAACUACAUGAACUUGCACUCUACCAGUGGCAUCAAAAGGACAGCCAAAGAUGUCAUCAACAAAGCCAAGAACUUACAAAAGCUUGGUGAGCAACUGUCAUGUCACCAGAUGUUGGAGUCAUUGUCCGAGUAAUUCUCUGCAAAACAAUACUUUUGAGACUAUUUAUUGCCACUUUUUCAGAACCCGGGCAGAAAGAUGAGAUUAACAAGAAGGCCUUUGAGAAGUUCAACAAAGAGCAUGCAGCUGUGCCACAGACAGUGGACAACGCAGUGCCCUCUGAGAGAUUUGACGGUGAGUGGUGAUCAGUAGUUAAUUUUUUCUUGCACAAAAGCCCAUUGGAUCCCAUUGGAUUUAUACCCAUGACUGAAGAGGGGGGGGGGGCACGAUAGUGUGACUAUGGGUUCUUUCUGGACAUGUUUCAGUGUUAGCCACUCACUGUCCUCCUUUUUAAAUUCUUGCUGCUUCAGGUGCUGAAGCUAACACUGCAUCCUGGACCACUGAGGAGCAGAAGCUGCUUGAGCAGGCCUUGAAGACCUACCCAGUCAGCACCCCAGAGAGGUGGGAGAAGAUCGCUGCCGCUGUGCCCGGACGCACCAAGAAGGACUGUAUGAAGAGAUAUAAGGUAAGCUGGGCCUUGUUACGGUUGGUGCUUCUGUGUGGUUUCAAUCCCUGUUUGGUAAAAUGUAGAGAACAGUGUAAGUGACAAACAUGUAGAAGCCGCAGCAUACUAAGGCCGGGAGACAGUCUGAUGGCGUUUAGUCUGCUAUGCACCUUUUAAAGGCAAUGUUUCCACGUUUGCGGAGACCGAAUUCACGGUAAAUGCUGCAUAGUGCAUAUGGUGAUUCAAUCGGAAAUGAACUUUUUAAAUGUUGAUCGCUCUAUAACACAGAUCUACCGCUGAUCGGAUUGAAUCCCCACCUAAAGCUAGUUUCUUCUCUUUCCAAUACAGGAACUGGUGGAGAUGGUCAAAGCCAAGAAGGCCGCCCAGGAACAAGUUGGUGGUAAAAGCAAAAAAAUGACGAGUCAAACAAAUUGCCCUAUGUUCUUCUUUUAACGUUAUUGUGUUGGUCUUUAUUUUAUAAUAAAAUUAGAAGAAAAACCACAACUUAAACUCUGUUUGUAAAAGUUGAUAUGUUUAUAUACUGUACAGUUGGCUGCUUGCUGUUAUUACCUUUCCUAAGUCUCUAAAGACAGCGCCAAUUCUCAGGUUCUCAUCCAGUACAUCCCACUGCGAAUUCGGUUGUAGUCUGGGAGCUGCUCAAUUGGUCCUGAAACAAGAGAGAAAUGUACUGAAUUGUCUUUAUACCACAACAGUUUUGUAAGUAGUCACAACCAUGAACAGUUCAAUUCCACUGUUCUGACCUAGCAGCACAGCAGACUUGGUAUAGUCAUGACUGAGUGCAAUAUUGUAUGUAUUGUUGCGGCAACUUAAAUGAAAAGAAUGUGUAUAUUUAUAGCUGAAAUUGCAUAACUCUUUGUUUGACAGCCCCUAAUGGCCUUAUGAUUUGGAAGGGGGGGGAAUGCCAGUAAACAGAAUUAAUUAGAAUCUCGUCUUGAUGUCAAUAACAAUAAAAAUCACAACGUACCGACUGCUGCGAUGGCAGGCGAUUUGUCAUAGAUGUAUUUUGUACACACGUCCUUGAUGGUCUUUGCAUCUAUGGCCUUCGAGGGACAUAAAAAUAAAACAUUUCAAAAUAAAGACACUGCAAUAAUUUCCCAAUACAGUCAACAAGUGUCUUUGCUAUGUUAAUCACAGCUUACAUUAUUUGGUGUUAAACAUUACUUGAAUUUACUCACAUCAAUUCUGGCCUCCAGUUCAUGCAGAGGGAUCCUACGGCUGUAACAAAGCAUCUGUCUGCCGAUGUCCUCACAGAUGGGGGUGGAUCCUAGAAAAAAGGUCAAUUUGAUUUUACACAAGGGAAUUUAUUAAUAUCAUCAUUGGCAGGGUUUGAAUUACAGGGGAGGCUGGUUAAAAACCUCCAUAAGAAUUGAAAUGUCAAUGUGCCCGCAGUUAAAUGGUGGGUACCCCCAAAAGUCCAUUGGUAAUUCAAACCCUGAUCAUUGGUGUAUCACGUGGCCUUACCGUCAAGAUGCAAAAGCAUGUUUGUCUUGAGGAGGUUCUUGGCUCUCGCAACUUCGCUCUCAGUAACGCUAGUGCAGAGUGACAUCCUGAGGUAAACAAAAGUAAAUGUCAGUGGCAACCCCCUUUUCACACCAUCGUGCCGACCCAAAUUGUGCUGGGUCAGAUUUUUUCACAUUGUCCUUUUCAGCUCUGUUCCAGCGACUAUGGUGGAUGCAUAACCAGGCCAGCUUGGUUUGACUGCUUGGUCAGGUGACCGCUGGGCUUAGUCAGUGCUCACCAUUCCAGCUGUGUGAAGUGCAUCAUCUCGUUGAUGGUGCCAGGCUCACACACCAUGUAGAGUCCCCACAGGCCUGUGUCGGUGUAACAGGUGUUGAAAGACUGGAAGCUGUGGCACAGGUUGCCCUGGCAUGCCAUCUGCGCCAGCUUGCUGGAGAGAUUCUGGCAAAGGUCAAUACACAUUGUAAGAGGAGGAAUCGACCUGGAAGGAGUCCCGAUGCCUGGGAACAUGAAUGGGAACUUAACUUACCACACCUCCACCAAAGGAGCGGUCCCAGUUGCCGAUGAGUGUGUUUGCCACCAUAAGGGGAAUGGUAUCGGGGUGCGACCAGCCCACUGCUUCCACAGCAAUGACAAUGUGUGCCAGGGGCAUCUUGUCGUCACGAACCCGGAUCUAACCAACAACAAUGAAAUAAAUUGGCCAAUAUACUAGGGGAAAUUCCACAAACAAAAACCAACUAUUGCAAAGUUAAACAAAACUUUAUGCACAAAGACUACUUUGAACAUUUUCCAGAAACACUUGAACAGUUCAAAUGCAAAGUUUGGUAAGAGAAUGACAGUUUGUGCCAUUUGCUGUCAUUCUGUUACCAAACUUAGCAUCUUCACUGAUCAAGUAAAUGGAAAUAAAGUAGUCCUUGUGCAUAGUUGUUUGACAUACAUUUUAGAGUGAAAUCUGGAGUCACUCUUACCAUGGCAUUGCCCACAGGGAGCAAGUUUGUGCACUUUGCCUCUGUUGAAGAUAAACAAUAAGGGCCCUUAAAUCUCACCUCACUUCCUGUAAAAUCACAUUGUGGGAAGGUUGGCGCCUCUCCCUUGUAUCUUGCAGGAAGAUUCCCAAAGUGGUACUUGGCCAAAUCUAUCAAUUCAUUGUGUGAAACCCCUGAUUGAAAGACAAUGUUAGCACAAAAUAUCUUCCAUGGAUUCUAUUUCUUUAUGACAUCAGUGUGCAUCGUGUGAUUUUGACCAAUUGUGAGCAGGCAUUGCCUACUAAUUGUCUAAUGGUUUGAUGUCAUUGGAAACACUUAUCUUUAUUACUACAAAACAUAAACACACCAUUUUCACAUAUGUUGAUGUUGGGGUGGUGCUGGAGAGGAUAUGAAGUAGAAUAUUUUUUACAUUUUCCUUUUAAGACGAGUCGAAGAACCUACCUCCAGCAGCAGCCAACACUAUUCUCGGUCCUUUGUAGUGAGUAGUGAUGUAUUCAACAAGGUCUCCUCUGUUUAUUGUUCUAUAAACACAGACAGCAGAAAUGUCACUGAAUAUCCCCUGUAGUUUCUAUGAAGCAAACUGGUCUGAGAUGACAGGAAUGACCAAGUCUAGGGGUGUAUCAUUCAGUAGUGAGCAAUUCAGAACAUUGCAGAUAGAAAUAGGAUGCCCUGUUCAGUAUGACAGACAAUCAUACCUGUUCUGCACAGUACAUUUCUAUGUUAACAUUCUGUAAAAUUGUCAUCUAAGCUGGGUUGUGUUCAUUAGGCACUAAAAGGAAGAAAACUGACUGAAUCCGAGAGGGAAUAGGCUUCCUGGCCCAAUAAGGAAUGCAGAUUUUUGUUUUCAGUUGCAAAACAUUUCCCAUUUUGUGCCGUAAUGAACCCAGGCCCAACUGAGGCAGGUGAGAUCAAGAGUCCUACUUGAUGUUCUCCGUAGGGCCCAGGAUGGUUCUGCCCAGCGCUGUGGCUUGAUAAGCUGUGGCGUGGAGGUAGUCAAACACAACUUCCUGCAGGUUGGUCUCCACUUCCUGCAUCUCUCGGAGGAUGACCCCUCGCUCUCGCUCGAUCUCCGCUCCCCCCAAUGUGCUGUUCUGGAUGAUGUCAGCCAGGAUCUCUACCGCUGGAGGACAAGGGAGGGGGAGCGUUAUAAA